GGACUCCGUGAGUUUAGAAUUUCGUUCGUCGCUUACUCUUCCGUUUGAGUAGCUUGUGACAUUUUUUUCUGUUACUACAAGAUGUUUACCUGGAUAAACCGUGCAAAAUUCAGCGACCGUCUCGUUCAUUCCGCAGACAUAACCGCUAUGAGACCUUUAAGGAGACUGCAGUAAUUGGAAGUGUCGUGGGUUUCCGAGUGGGGCGAGCGCCGAUCGCUGAGCGGCACGCCAUCCUACCGUGGCCGAGUGCUGAAUGUAGGUAUCGCGACGUAAGUCCAAUAAGGAAGUGCCAUGGAGGACGAAGAACGCCUCGAGGGUGAGGAAGAGAUGGAGCUGGACGAAGCUUCUGACGGAGAAGAUGAGGACGACGAAACCACGGGAAUUCCAGUCUCCCCGGCUAAUUCCGAUCAACUGAUCGGGCGCGCUCCAACUCCCGGCAGUAUAACCCCGGAAGAAGCUUUUCCUGAUCCGAUACGCUACCAGAAAUUUCCAUUUCCCGGCGGGAAACCAUUAAGCAUCCGGAGAGGUCCAGGCCGGCCGAGAAAAGAACGACCGCCUGGAACUCUCCGCGGAGGAGUCACACGCAGACCAUUCGGAAGAGGAACGACCCGGGGCAAAGGUCUUGGGUAUAUGAGGGGUAUACCUCGUCGUACGAAAAGCAAGGAUGACGAUACUCAUUCGGAAUCACCGAGUCCCCUGAGAAUCGGCGAGGAUCCUACAGCCGAUGGUGAAACGUCCAGUACGGACAGAUCUAUGCCAGCCCCGGAAGAACCACCUUACUUUCCAGAACAAUGGCCCGGUAAAGUGUGCGCACUGUGCAAUUUGGGUGAACGAAGUCAACUAGGACAAGGAGAGUUGCUGAGAUUGACCUCCCCUGAAGGCUUUACUCCUGAAAAAAAUACAAAUCGUGAUGAAACGCCGGAUACUCUUUUAGACGUGUCUUCCACAGGGGAUAAGAGUCCGCGCGCAGCGGGACCUGGGGCUGUUACUUGUCGCCGGCAAAAGAGUUUAGCCAAAUGCAGGAAUCCUAGUCUUACAAAUUUCACGGAGCCGGUGGAAGAGUUAACUAUUGUUGGAUAUUCGGAUGAACCGGAAGUGAGCAUAUUGUUUGAAUCAAUGGGACACUAUUAUGUGCAUCAUUCCUGCGCCCUUUGGUCAAGUAAUAGUCAAGAAUUAGUUACUGAAACUGUGAGUCUAACUGUAGUACAGGCAUCCUCUCGCCGUUGUGCUUAUUGCUCUCAUUAUGGAGCUGGAAUCCCUUGCAAGGUGGGAUCGUGCAAUCGUUAUUUUCACUUACCCUGUGCAGCAGCAUCGGGUUGUUUUCAAGACAUAAAAACCCUGUCUUUGUUUUGCAGUCAGCACUUGGGCCAGGUUCCCUUAUUAUUGAAUGGUGAUGUCACGUGUAUACAGUGCUACGGAAUGGGGGAUGUCUCUAACCUGGUCAUGUGUUCAAUCUGUGGGCAACAUUAUCAUGGAAGUUGCGUGGGUCUGUCUCUUCUUCCAGGCGUGCGUGCUGGCUGGCAAUGUGCUGUAUGUCGUGUGUGUCAAGUAUGCCGGCAACCGGAGGAACUUUCUAAGGUUAUGCUAUGCGAACAGUGUGAAAAGGCUUACCAUCCAAGCUGCUUGCGCCCAAUAGUGACUUCCAUACCGAAGUAUGGCUGGAAGUGCAAGUGUUGUCGUGUGUGCACGGAUUGUGGAUCGCGUACGCCAGGUGCCGGCCUAUCGUCCCGUUGGCACGCUCAUUACACGGUCUGUGAUUCAUGUUAUCAGCAGCGAAACAAGGGCUUUUCUUGCCCACUGUGUCGAAGAGCCUAUCGUGCGGCUGCAUAUCGAGAAAUGGUCCAGUGCAGUUCAUGUAAAAAGUUCGUUCAUGGCACCUGCGAUCCUGAUGCUGAUCCUCUUACUUACCAGCACCGUAAAGAAGCAAAGCCUGACUAUGACUAUGUGUGCCUCCACUGCAAGAACAUGGCUCUUGUGAAGCGUAAAGAUAAUGCCGACGAGUACGGAGGUGACUCUAGCUUGACAGCCUCUCAAGAGAGCUUAUACGGCGAUGGAGACUCGUCGGAAUUCGAUUAUCAAGGUGGUUCUGAAGAUACGCUUUAUUCGAUUGGGCUUGGAAAAGGAAAGCCAUUUUGUGCCUCAAAGAUAGCUAAGAAGAGACUUGGAUUGGGAAGUGGAAUGAUCGGGAGGCCGAAAGGAGUUGGUAAACUAGGUUACCAAAAGCGACAGAAAAUGACGGAAUUCGGAAGAAAGAGAGGACCUAAAGCCAAAAUGAGAGGAAUUUUUGGUGUUCCAGGUGUAGGACUACAGAGACCCAUUUCGGAUUCACAAUCUAAAGAAGAGGAACCGGGCGUCGAGAAUAGAUUAGUGUUAUGUUCGGCAAAAGAUAAAUUUGUUUUAACGCAAGACAUUUGCGUUAUGUGUGGGGCAAUAGGUACCGAUCAAGAAGGAUGUUUAAUAGCAUGUGCGCAGUGUGGUCAGUGUUAUCAUCCCUACUGUGCUAACGUGAAGGUUACGAAGGUGAUUCUGCAGAAGGGUUGGAGAUGCCUUGAUUGUACCGUGUGCGAAGGCUGCGGAGAGAGAAAUGACGAAGGUCGUUUAAUUUUAUGUGACGAUUGCGAUAUCAGUUAUCAUAUCUAUUGUAUGGACCCUCCACUAGAUUACGUACCCCAUGGCACUUGGAAGUGCAAAUGGUGUGCACAAUGUCAAACCUGUGGCUCUAACGAUCCUGGCUUCAAUAGUAGUUGGCAAAAGAAUUACACCCAGUGCGGUCCUUGCGCUUCUCAUACAGCAUGUACAUCUUGUCAAGAACCAUAUCUCGAGGGCGAUCUUAUUAUACAGUGUAUUCAAUGUGAACGAUGGCUGCAUUGCGCUUGUGACUCUAUAAAAACUGAAGCCGAAGCAGAGAAAUGUGCCGAGGAGGGUUACAAUUGUAUCCUAUGUCGUCCAAGGGACGUGCCACCGCCCCACAUUGUGUGUAAUAUGCCAAAACCGCAACCAAGCAAAUAUCCACGUUCACCGCCGCCAACUGUACGAAGUCCAGAGCUGUAUAAACCUUCGCCACAACAGUAUUUAGUCGACGGCGUGUACUUGUCUGAGGCUGGUAUGAAUCACAUUAAAUCUUUAACAUUCGAACAGCAACAGACUAGGAAGAAGAGAAGAAAGAUACUGCCUUUGAUUGAUAAGGAAGCGGAUAUCAUGGCAACCAUUGAAUCCGUAGUAGCUGGUGGUAGCUUAGAUAAUUCUCUAGAAGAAAAUGGGGGAAAAUUGGAUCUUCUAGAUGUAAAGGAUGAACCGGCUGAGGUACUCAAAGAAGGUAUGGUUUGGACUCCUCGUGGAGAUCAACCACCGCCAGAAGGUUUCAGCAUCUAUACCACGGAAAAUGGAGUUCCGGUAUUGAGGCGAAAGCGACAGCGUAAUUUACAAAAACUGGGCAUCGGUGGCUUCGUAGUCAGAUUGAGAGGGACUCGUAAGGAUAAGGAAGAAGAGGGCGAAGGUGGUGAAAAGCCAAGCGAGGGAGUCAUUGGAUUAGGGGAAGAUAAGCCACGCAGAAAGCCACAAAGAAGAAAACCAAAGACCAAACUCUCUGAGUGUUUUCCUCUGUACAUGCAGGAGGCCUUUUUCGGCAAAGACCUCAUGGACACGACCAAAGAGAAAGAUUUGGAGAGUAGUAGCAAUUCGGAUAGUGAGCGUAAUAUUUCCGGAAAUGCAGAUACCAUACAACUCUCACAGGAUGAGUUGAAAGCGAUAGAACAGGUUAAAGCAAAACAAGAAAAGGAAGAAGAUAAAUUAACCACAGAAUUGCCAAUUAAGCGGGAAGAAAUUUUGGAUGAUGAUGGUAGCGACACCGAAGCCCUCGGUGAUAUUUUACCCAUUUCUGGUGAUCUUCUCGAUAGUGAUCUGGUCAAUACCAUUAUGAAUGAACCGGAUGAGGAUCUAGCAAAAGCCAGUGAAGCUCUAGAGGAAUUAGACGAUGCUCCAGGACCUAGUAAAGAUGAAUUAACAGAUAUACUUAGUCCACAUUUUAAUCUGGAGUCGAUGGUCAGAGAUACUGGACUACCAAACAUGGAUAGUAAGGACGUAGAAGAAAUAUUUAAAGGAGUCUUAACGGAUGAGUCUCAAGAAUCACAGGAAUCGUCGGUAUUUCCUGUGCAGACACAAGUACCUCAUGCACCAUCGUCCUCGGCUCCACUUGUGUCUCCUUCUCCACAUCCAGGAAUGCAGACAGGAUUGCCAUUAGGUAGACCGCAAGUUCCUGGACCGCUACCCUCGGUUGUUCAAUCUAAUUUGAACUCUCCAAUGAGCUUCCCACCGCCAUCGCCUUAUCAUUCAGAGUAUAGCAACAGUCCACAAUUUAGCCCUGCUUUCUCGGAACCACCGAGUCCGUGGGUAAACCCAGACGAUGAGGGUACGGCUCCCUCUGGUGGUGCAGCCAUCUCUUACAAUCAAAGAAGUAAUCUAAAAAUGGAAGCAGAUGAAUCUCUGGGUAGUGGUGCAACCAUAUCAUCUGUACUUUAUGCAAAUAUGAAUCAUCCAGAGUGGAAAAGUGAAUAUCCAGCUUGGUCUGAGCGAUGCAAGCAAAUAUUGAAAAAAUGGCGUGCAUUGCCAAACGAAAAGAAAGCUCCGUACUUGACACAAGCCCGUGAUAACAGGGCAGCAAUCCGUAUGAAGAAAACUCAACAGAUACCCAAGGACAUACCAAGCACGACCCCAGUCACUGCAACAAGCGCACCCACCAUCACCACCAAACCCGUCACAACUAUAACAUCAGCUCAACUUUCUCCAGUAGUAGCUAUGGCCGCUAGUCAAAAACAAAUUGGACUUUUGACCUCGAUGGGCAGUGAUAAGUCCCAGGAGAAGACUGGAUUGAGUACGACUGCUACAGGAGUUCCUGGGGUUGCAGCGUCUAGCAGUGGUCAUCUAGCGGAGGAGCAAGAUAGGAUCUCGAAUAGAGAUAGGUCAACAAAAGAAGCCGAGCAGGAGCGUCAGUGGAAGCAAAUGCAAGCAUUGCAUAAACAACAAGCUCAACUGCAACAACAAGUUAUUCACGAUCAGCGUGUAAACGCGAUGGCUAGAGUUCAUAGGCAGAUAAGUGAAGAUGGCACUUCGCAAAUAAAUAGUGAUAACAAUUCGGGGCUUACAACGCAGUUACAAGUCUCCACGUCUCAGGAUGGAAAUCAUUUGGGACCUUUGGCAUCGCCAUCCCCGGGGUCCCGUGGUACGUUUGCCACUCCACCCAUAAAGUUAACACGAGGAGUGGCACCGCAGAGUCCUCAUCAAGGUAUCCCGCGAAUGCCCAAUCAACCUUGUGGCACCGUUGCAAGACCAGUCGCGAAUGUCGUUAGACCUGGAAUUCCAAAUACAUUUACGCAACCACCCUCUCCAUUCUCUCCUCAGGCUCCUCAGUCUCCUCAUGAUUUCCCACAAUCCCCAGCUUCCUCCCAAUCGCAGGAUCACUUCCAGCGCUUCGAGUCUGGGGAUGCCUACCCUCAGGGCCCCCAAACGCCUAGACCGCAGUUGCCUGGAACUCCGGCAUAUUCUACCUCUCCACGAAAUGAUGCCUACUCUCAACCUCCGGGUACGCCACGGCCUCACUUUAAUGCUCCUACGCCUCGUCCCUCCAGUCAUGUUUAUGCGCCGUCUCGUACACCUGAUCCCUACAAUAAUCAACCUCAGACACCUUCACCGGCAUCAAGCUAUACCUCGCCUAGACCGGAAUCGCGACAGGAUCCCCAACAGCCUGAGGCGUUUAAUCAACAGCCUGAGGUCAAUCGCCAACUUCGUGACCUUCUACAACGACAGCAGUUUAAUAAAAAGAUGGAUACAAUGAAUCCAUCUUGGAGUCAGGACGGGCAAAAUAAUGGUGACACUGGACAACAACAAUUUGAAUCAGGUCAUGUGCAACUGCCUCAGCAUUCUCAACCUUCAGGAAAUACAGGCGAAGGGACUUUUAGGCAUCCUUUACCACCUGGCAUAGUCAGACCAAGGAUGCCUGUUCAACCAAACGUCCUUAUACGGAAUCCAAUAGGUAUGAAUCCAAGACAUCCUGGAGCAGGAAACAUCGAUGCUCGACUUCAGGGAAUGGAUCCACGUACGAGAAUGCUUCUUCAGCGACCGCCAGUAUCAGUAGGUAUACCUCAACAUUUUCAAGGCAAUCAAGUAAUGCAGCAACGAAUGCCUAGUCCAAGAAAUCCACUCGCAGAACAAUAUGAUAUAUUACAACAGCCAAGAUUUUCAGAACUUAAUCAAGGGCAAAACUUAGGUCAGCGUAUAGUGCGUACGGGACAAGAUAAUAUAAAUCCAGGUGCUCGAAUGAUGGGAUCUCAAGGAAUGGUUAGACCACCUCUUGUACCCGCAACUUCCAGCGAGAAUACUGUUAAUACAUCGGAUGCUUCCGAAAUUCCGGAUAACGUGACAGCGGAACUUGAAAAACUAGAACAAGAAGGAGCGCCAAUGGUCGAGGUUGAGGGAGUAAGUGCAAUUCUAGGGGAUUUAGCUGACGACGACGAUGAGCUUUUAGCCGAGAUGGGAGCGGAUUUCAACAUUUUGGAGUAUGCCGAUCCUGAACUCGACAACAUAACAGGGGGCGAGAAAACAAAUAUUCUUGACUUAGAUUUAGAACAAGUAGAGGUUGAGACUAAAGAAGAGAAGCAAAAAAAAGAGAAUAAAGAAGAAGAGCCAAAGUCCGAGGACUUGGGAGGAACAACAACAGCACAUUCAGAUAUCAGUGAAGCUAAUACAACAAGUACAGUGCAAACGCCAACCGAGACAACCACCAAUGCCCUUACUAAAGGGAAACAGUUGGCUCCAUCGGUACCAACUUCUCAACAAACACAUUCACAGCAACAAGCAUCUAUGCCACCUCAGGCUCCACCUCCUCAAGCUGUUGUCGUGCAACAACAGAUGCACCAACAAGUGCAGCAAGCAGCAGCUAUGGGGAGACCUAUGCUACCGGGUACCAGGUUACUCUCUCCCGAUGGUGCUAUUGGAGUUGUGACAUCGACUAACACUGUGACUGUUAGUUACCCCUCCACAUUUCCUGGUCAUCCUCAACGAAUCACACAAGCACACUUGCAAGCUCAACAACAGCAACAACAACAACAACGACAUGGUAUGAGACUUACUGGAGCUCCUAGCGUUUCUAGUGUAUCCGGUGUUCCCGGUAGGGCUGUCCCUGUCGGUCAUAUGAUUGGACCACGAAUGCCACUUGCACCGCCUCCUCCUCCACCGCCACCUUAUCCCGGACCACCGCCGCCAUAUCCGGGACCUAUACAGAUGGGGCUGUGCCCAGGGGGGCGGGCUAUGGCGCGACCCCCAGUCCAUAUAGGGCAUCCUGUCCCUGUGGGAGGUCCACCAAUGGCCCCAGUGGUUCAUGCGGGUGCUCCCCCAAUGACUCCGCAUCCACAUCGGAGACCCUUGCUUCUGCAGUCAUGUUCGCAGGAGCAACCGUUGCUGCUGGAAGAGCUGCUAGAACAAGAGAAACGUGAGCAAGAAAAACAACAACAACAACAACAACAACAACAGGCAGAUACUACGACACCAGGCGGUGCAUUGCUUAGUGACAGCGAAUUCGAAAGGCUUCGAGCAGACGUUCUAGGAUCUACUCCACUUGCAUCGCCUCCUCAGGGGAUUGUAACGGUCCCCCCUAGCGGUGUUCCGAUUAUAAGGGCGCCAUGCACACCAAGACCACCAUCAGCAGGUGCAGGAUGGCCUCAGGGUGUUCCGGACAAUGCAAAAUUAGUAGCACAAACACCCAGACAGCCGAUUGCUACGCAAACGCCUCCAGAACCGAGAAUUGCAACAUUCAAUAUUCCACACAUGCCAGCACCUCCGGCACCACCAGACAACAUUGUUAACGAACAAGAUCGUCAGAUACAACUACAGUAUGAACAAUGGUUGAAUCAUCAGGAUCAAAUUCUAUCUCAACAGCUGAAGUACUAUGAGACCGAAGUUCAGAAGUUACGUAAAAUACGAAAAUCACUCAACAGUAAACAACGUCAAUUGCGGAAAUCUGGUAAUGAAUUGGCGGAAAACGACGCCGCAGAAUUACAACGAAUUUCUAGCGAACAGUCGGCUUUGCAGAAACAUUUGGAUGCCAGUCGAAAACAAGCUCGUCAGCAUGGAAUGUUGAUGCAGGAGUAUCGUAGUAAGCAACAACAAAGGCAACCUCAACCACAAACUAGCGAACCUUGUUCACCUUUGAUGUCGCCGUCUCAGCACUCUUCGCCAAUGCACAGUCCGGCAGCUCUUGUUUCUCAUAGUCCUGGCCCAGGAAGUGCACCAUCAAAUAUUAUUCAGCAUUCACCGGCAACCUUUAUCAUACAACACAGUCCAAAUCCGCCAUUGCUACAACACAGUCCGGGAAAUCCACAAUCAUCGAAUCCUGGGACGAUGUCUCCUCAUAAUAUGCAGCCAUCCCCAAGAAUUGGCACACCGCACUCACAGGGCGAGGAAAGUCCUUUCAGUCCUGGUGCAAUGCCAUCUCCAGGGAUAUGCGGACCAACAACUACAAGAAUGGCAUCUCCGCAACACAGAGCUGUUAUAACUGGUCGAUUGGCCACAAGUCCAGGAGCUUUUAAUCCAGAUGGCCGACCACCUCAACAAAUAAUGAGUGAACAAGCCGUAAGAGUUCAUGGGCUCACACAAAGAUUUGUUCGUCCUCCGGCUGUUGGUGAACCCGGUCAGCGUCCGAGAAUGCAACUUCAAAGUGGAAUUGUUUAUGGACAACGCUCACCACUAGGAAGUCCACAACCUUCUCAGCAACCAAUGAUGACGCAACAGCAACAUCAACAAAUGCUGCAAAGACAACAGAUUAUUCAACAGCAGCACGAAGUUAGUAAUAUCUCACAAGAAGGACAAAAUAUUAUAACUCAGCGAACAUUGCAGAUGGUUCAGCAGAGGCAGCAACUCUUGCAACAGCAGCAACAACAACUCGUGCAACAACAACUCGUACAGCAACAAAGACAACAAUUUAUCCAAAUGCAACAGCAGCAGCAGCAGCAUAUGAUGCAAAAGCCCCCUAAUUCCCCAAUGGUAUCCCAACCAGCGAAUUCGCCUAGUCCGCAACUGCACCAACAAAUUCAACAAAAUUACGGUCAACCUCCCAGUUCACCUAUGCCUCGCAGUCCUAUGGUACAGCAAACCAUGGGUUCUCCAAUGCUACAACAACAAUUAAGCCAAACUUCUCAGCCUCCAAGUCCAAUGGGUUCACGAAUUCAUUCUCAUCCACCAAACUCUCCAAUGGUAUCUCAGUAUCAGCCGCCAAGCCCAAUGGCACGGAAUCAUCCUUCAACUUCACCAAUGCUUCAACAUCAGUUGAACAAUACACAUCAUCCGCCACCUUCACAAACUCCUAGCUCACCAAUGCCUAGAAGUCCAAUGGUAGUAGGUGGUUCUCCAAUGCAAAUGCAAAGAAGGCAGUCGAGCGGAAACAGCCCAGCAAUGCCCGAUCGGCCACAAAGUGUUGAAAAUCCUGGAACACCAAGAACACCGCAUACUCCACAUACUCCCCACACUCCAUAUGCCUCGCAGAAUUCAGGAAAUCACGUAGGAACGAACGAACAACUUCAACAACAUCAGCAACACCAACAACAUCAAGAUCAAAAUUCCUCAGAUCUUACCAGUAGAGGGGGAGGAAAUCCACACAAUCCAUCGAAUGCGUUGCCUCUACCGGUAAGUUUUGGUAGGUUUGGAUACUUUAAACUUGGAUUGAGAGGAGGAUCACCUAUGUGGUCCAUGAAGGCAGAAUCCAGUAAAGGAAAAACCGCAGAAUCGCAUUUAACAAAUGUGGAUGAGAAACCAAACACAUCACAAGUAGUGCACAGAAAAACGGGUAUCUCGCAAUCGAAAAUAAAUUCUUUGGUAUGUGCUGAUUAUAAUGACUUCGACGAUGAUUCUCACACGCCACCUCAAACUCCACCAACAGAAGUGGAGCCAAAACCAACCUCCUCCUUGGCUGAUAAUCCUACAUUACCGUUGGGUAGUCCGAGCGAUAAACUCGAACCUAUUCCUGAUACCACUGAUUACGACGAUGAUAAAACGAUCGUUAAUACUGAAGUAACAUUAAGUUCCACUGCGCAAAGGGAUAACGAUGACAUUACAGUUAUAGAACAGUUUGGUGAUACUGAAUUAGUUGAUGUCAUAUCUGGAACGCUGGAAGCUGAUAUGCAAGAGGAGUAUGUUCUUUUUGAACCAGACAUGGUAGUGGAUUUAUCAGUGGAUAGUAAUGAUUCAUUGAGUCAUGCUUUAGUCAAUGAUAGCAAUCAAAGCCACGAUUUGGUACAAAUACUAGAAAUUGAACAUCCAGGAACACAAACCGAUGGAGCGGCUUUGAGUGAUGAGGAAUUGGUUCCUUCUCAAACAAGGAACAAGAAAGGAUUGCGACUUGACAUCGUCAGGACUCUACAAACUGGUAAAAGGCUUAUGGCCGUGACUGACACGCCAGAAUCUCCGGAUCAAGAAGAACUUAACGUAGAUCCAUCCCCGGGACCAUAUAUAGAUCAUUCUCCCGAUCAGGAUUUGAUGGUUUCAUUAGAUGAGGAAUCGGAGGUUGUCAUAAUUGAUCCGAGCACGAAAUCUCCGGAAGAUAAUCUUUCCAAGGAGUCAUGCGGUAAUGAGACAGACAAGACGAGCAAUGAUCACAGUAUUGAAACAUUAAAAGAUAACAAGCCUUCCGAAUCGCCAGAGGAUAAAACAAAGUCGGAAGAACAAUCUAAAGAAGAAAACGUUUCUACGGUUUUUGUAUUUCCAGAAAGAGUUCCACAUAAUCAAUUACCACCAUCUAGCUUGCAUCAAGCUAAUAUUGGUGUUCCCGGUAUAACCAGACCGGCAGUAUCUUAUCCCACAAUAUGUGCAUGUGCUCCGGCGAUUACAGCGAUAACAACUGCAACAAUAACACUGGAUAGUGUCCACAAGAUAACAACGUCCUUUGCUACUUUGCCUACCAUACAGGAAGUAAUAGCAACAAACAAUCUCACCAAUUCAAAUCAAACUAUUCUGCCAUCAACAAUGGCGAGUCUUGUAGCGGAUGCGAAAAUUGCGGCUACACUUAGUCAGAAGGUUUUGGAAGUUGUUGCUGUGAAUUCUGAUAAAAUGGCUUUAACAUCGGUACAACCAAUACCCAAAUCUGAUGCCGUCACUUUUGAAACACAAUGCACGAUGUCACAGCCAUUAAUGGCAGUUUCUGAAAAUAUUACUAGCACUGUUGCUAGUACAUCCUGUGAAUCUUCUAACAUAGCGGAAACGACAAAGAUAAUUUCUAUUGUACAGGCUAGUAAACCUGUUAAACUGUCUGUGACUGGUCAGUCAACAUUAGUCACUUUAUCUGCACCUAAAAUGUCUAUACCUGAGUUACCUGUGACGGAGAAUUCAAAUGUCCAGCCAAAAAAUGUACAGCAAGAAUGUGAAAUUAAAUGUUCCGUUAAAGAGGAACAAAGAGAGAAUAAUAAUAUAAAUGUUGAAAAGAGUGAUCAAAUAGAAAAAGAGGAAUCGGUCGUUAGCAAUCGUGCAUGUAGUGAUGUAGUAACAUCAGAAGACACCACGCUGUCAGAUGAGAAAAAAUCUGAUCCACUGAACACUACUGAUGAGUUAGAAAGUAUGCUAGAAGCUAUUCACAAUCCAGCUGAAAACACUGUAAACGGUGAAAAAAAUUCAAAAACUGAUAACAAGAGUAAUGUUUCCAAUUUGAAGCGAAUGUCACCUGUAGCCGAUGAGUUAUCGUUGGUAAAUAUUUUGGAAAAUGACGUAGAGCCGGCAGUGGUCAUGGGUGAAAAUAGAAAUGAUAAUGCGGCAACUUUCGAAGGACAGGAAAUUACAAAAUCUACGGAAGUAGAUCGAGACACAACAGACUCGGCUAAUAAAACAAGUACAGCCAGUGCUUCAGAUAAGGAAGAACGAAAAGACUCGCCUACUGGUAAGGACACGAGUAAAUCUUAUUCUCAAUCGAGCGACAAUACGGAAGGAAAGAAUUUAAUGGAGGAAUCGUCAGAUGAUAUAUUGGACAUGUUACAUAAUAUUAUUUCAUCAAAACCUGAAAUGGCUAACAGGGAUAUAUUGCAAGAGGACAGAUCUAGGAAGUCGAGUCUCAUCUAUCAAUUGCCAACACCACUGGAUACUCUACCUCUAAAUAUCCUACAGGAUUCCCUAAUGGACUUGGAACAGGGAUCUGGAGCCGAAAAUGAAAAUCAGUCACAGGGUGAUAGAAAUUCACCAAAAUUACAAAAAUCCAGUACAACUCAGCCAGUGCCAAAAAAGAGUCCACCAACAACACAACAUUCUGUGCCCAUUGCUGUGAGUACUUUAGCUCAACUUCAAAAAAAUACAACAACAGUACCGCAUCUCUCACCGCUAUCUAAACCUACGGAACUUACAUCCAACGUGGUUAAUGUUUCUCAUCAAUUAAGGACAUUAUUAUCAUCUUUGCAGACGAAUCAUUCACAAAGUUACACCACUGCCGCGCAGCCCACUAUAGUGACAAUGGUGUCAUCGGUAAUAGCAGGAUCUAAAGCUGGAAACAUUGUGACAGCAACAAGCACAUCGUCCCCAAACUUUCAGAUUGUUUCUCAGUGCAAUUCGAAUAUUCGCUCACAGGCAUCCUCCACAAGUGCUUCCACUAGCAUAUCAACCAAAAGCGAAAUCGAAUCGAAGAGUACAACAUAUGCGACUCAAAUAAAAGAAGCAUCAAGUUCUUCAGUCAGUGUGAUAUCAGCUAUCAGCAAAUCUACGACAUCUGAACAAUUUUUACGUAUCGGUACUAGUACGAUUCAAUCGCAGUGUAGUACUACCAAUUUACAGACAUCAUCGGGUGCAAGACCACCGGUUAAUUCCGGGAUAUCUAUUACCUCAAAUGCAAUGUUGAAUGCUAUGCUCGCUGGUACGAAUUCUGCUAAGCCUACAAUGGCCGGAAAUCGAGCUAAUACUGCUUUAACACAAACUAGCAAUUUACUAAGUUCUGUGAUACCCUCCUCUUCGGUACAGCGUAGUCAAAACUUGCAAGCUAUACUUCAGGUGAGCUCUAAUUGCACUUCCAUGCCCUCCCGGAGCGUUGUCAGCGCCACAUCAGGUACAACAAGCACAUCCAUGCAAUCUGUAAGAACCAUCGUACCACCGAUAAUCACCACUGCUACCAGUAUCCUCAAUGUCACGACCAGUAUACUUCAGUCGACUUUAUCGCAAGCUCCCACAUUAUUGCAUUCACAACUUACGUCUGGGCAGAGUCAGUACAAGUCAACGGGUCUUCUGCCAAUCGAUAAUAAGAGUAACAAACUGGAGAGUUUUAUCCAAAAUGCAGCAGUUAAGAAGGAGACCGAAGAGUUGGCAGCGAAGAUACCAUCAAGCAGUGAGAAGAUAUCGACCACUAGAUCCGAAUUGGAUAGCAGCAAAGUCAGUACGAAUUCCCAUAGAAUGGAAGAGUCACAGAAUGUCCUAUUGAAGCAGCUCUUGCAGAACACAGCAUGUGCUACAACAACCACGGCUUCUGGUACUAGUCAAGGACCUAGCUUGCCAUUGGUACCAUCGCUAGAAGCACAAUUAGCCAGGCCAGUGCCGCCUACACCAUCUUCUUUGCUACCACCAUUACUUAACGAGACACCUACUAGCAAAGCUGCGACCCACAAGCAAAUUCUGAAUAGAGAAACUUCAUUCGUGUCCCAUCCUAUAACAUCGGUAAAAAGCCAGAGUCCUCCGACUAACGAAGAGCCACCAAAACCACCACCAUCGUCUACGUCAUCGUCAACGUCGAACACUGCUUUGCCUUUGCAAUCGUUGCAGCGUAACGAUAGUUUUGGUAAGCAACAACAAGCCAUUAUCCAACAAACAAAGACCCUUCCUGUCACCACGCAAGGAAUCCAACCAGGAAGUUCUACUCCUAUUGUGAAACAAACCUCGAUAACGCAACCAACAACAUCAGAAAGUCUAACUCCACUUCAACAAGAAAUUGGAAUUUCAACAUCUCAGUUGCAAAACAAAACGGCAAACGAACCUCCCGUUAUAAGCACUGCCCAAGUACAGCAACGUGUAUCAACACCCAUGUCAAUCUCUAGAAUAACUACCCAGUCAACUUCCGUUAUUAGUAGUAUCAGUGCGAAUGGCAUUCAGCCUUCUUCACAAGCUUCAAAUGUUGGCCAAGUCUCUCAGCAAGCGGCUUCUCUACCAACGACACAAGCUCCAAUAUCACAAUCUCAACUUCAACAACCAACCGCUCAGAAACCUCAUUCGACAGAACAACCUUCUCACGUUAACGUGAUACAGCCACCAGUGCCUCAUACGGUGCCCCAUCCGACGGGUCAUCAAGCUCAGCUGCCACAGGGUGCAAUGACGCAACAUACAGUGCCUUUAGUGGAAGUGAAGAAGGAAAUACUUGAUGAAGUUUUGUCGGGCGGUACACCUACUCAGCUAGGCGAUACCAAAGACUUUCUUACUGCCAAAGAAGAGCUUAUAGAUGGUUCUAUCGAUGACAAAACCGAUCUUAAAAAGUUGAAAAGGCGCCAGUACCAACAAAAGAGAAGACAAAGCCAAGGGAAGGACGCGGCAGCGGCUCCACAAAAGAAACGUUCAAGAAAAGUAUCUCGCUUGGAUGAAGAUUAUGAUACGUUUAUUGACAAUCUCAUGACGCAACUACGACAACUCCAACCUAUGGCAGUACUGGAACCGCUGCUGGGAAGGAACUACGGUGUAUGUCCUAUCUUCGGUUCCGGUGACCUAUCGAAAAUUGGUAAUCAGAAAGAUUACAAUACCAGAACUGGUGAUCUUACUGGUUCUUAUGGAUCUGCGAGUCUUUUCGGUGUUGCGGAUCAUUACAACACUCAACCUUUUGGAGAACUCGAACCUUUACCUCCACAGCAACCUGCAUCCACUCAAAGAGGCUUCUACGAUCAAGAAUUUGCACCACUUAAAUUGGAUGACUCGGACGAGAAGAAAGAAAAUUGUUUAACUAUGAAUCGUGAGGUUGAUACGCCAGACACGAUCGUUAGCUCCUCGUCCCCAGAGUGUGUGAUUCCUGAAUUCAUACAUCGAUUUCCUGGGCUAAGAUUGAUUGAGGAAGAUUCUGAUGAAGAGUCUGAUUGGUUGAAACGCGUCUCUCCUGUCAUACCAUUAGUCUCCCCUAUUCCUAUUAGACUUAGACCAGGACACGCGAAAGACACAUCUAAACAGGAUAAGGAAAAUGUCGGCGUAUCUAGGUUGGGAAAAUCACCACCCAUUCCGUUAAGAGAUAAUGGAAAUGUUACUGUUACAUUGACCUUAAAUAGCCAAGCUGCAGAUGAUAUAAUGGGAGUACUUAAAGACUUGGCUAAUAUUCUAAAUAUAGCUCCACCUACUGGUUACCAGAUAGUAGAGCGCACAACUACACCACCUAGUCAAAAAUUAGGACUUUAUAGGACUAAAGGAAAAGAUGGGAAGGAAGGAGCUCCGAUUGACAUCCAAAGUAUUUUGAAUGGUGCCGCAAAAUUCUGUCGUCACUGUGACGUCGUAAUAUUGAACAGCUUAAUAAGGAAGAAAGUAUCAGAUCUACCAUUUUUGAGCAAAGAAGAAACAGACCCUGGCGAGGAACUCUGUUUCUGUUCAGCUGCCUGUUACAUGCAAUUCGCCCUAAUGCAUAGGGCUCCUUCAAAUACACAGGAUAAGGUUGCAACGAUCGUAGAUCACCUAUGUCAGAAAGCAGAAACCAAACUUCUGGAACAUGACCUUAAAAAGAAAUUGCAACAGAAUAAAUUCAUGACAAAACAAUCUGUAGAAUCUAUCGACAGUAUGGAUGUCGAUCCGAUAGAAAUGGAUACGGAAACUAGAAUCAAGACUGAAAAAGAAGAUUUCGAAAUGUCUGAUCAUAAGGAAGAACUGAUCAAUGAAAAACGAUCCAAAAAGCACCCUGCGACUGAAGAGCCAUUGAAUGACGUAACAGAACUGCCUCCACCAUCGAAAGUUUGGAGAGGUCUCCGUUAUAAAAGUUGGUCUCUUGGUGCUAUACAUCCAGCUACUAAGUAUAAAAAACCUACCGACAGAGAAAUCACGGAGAUGCUCUUCCGCAUGGGUGUUACUGUAAUUCCUGCCAAGACGGAGGACAGUCGACGAUGCAUGUUUUGUCAAAGUCAAGGGGAUGGAGCAGCCGAUGGACCAGCUAGGUUGCUCAACUUUGAUGUUGAUAAAUGGGUCCAUCUCAAUUGUGCUCUCUGGUCUGAGGAUGUUUAUGAAACAGUCAAUGGUGCCCUAAUGAAUUUGGAUACUGCUCUGCAGCACAGUCUUGUACUCAAUUGCAUUGUUUGUGAAAAGCCAGGGGCUACAGUCAAGUGCUUCAAAAUGCGCUGCACAAACGUGUAUCAUCUGGGCUGUGCUGUAAAGGAUAGCUGUGUCUUUUAUAAGAACAAGAGCACGUACUGUUCCCAACACGUACAAAAAAAUGAAAAGGAUAACGAACUAACUACACUCUCAGUAUAUCGUAGAGUCUAUGUCAACCGCGAUGAAAAUAGACAAGUUGCAGCCGUAAUGCACCACUCGGAGCACAAUCAUCUUCUACGAGUUGGAAGUCUCAUAUUUCUGAGCGUCGGACAGCUACUGCCCCACCAACUGACAAACUUCCAUACACCAAACUACAUUUACCCAGUCGGAUACAAAAUCGUAAGAUUUUAUUGGAGCAUGAGGCGACCUAACAAACGUUGUAGAUAUGUCUGCUCGAUUCACGACGUAUCCGGCCGACCAGAGUUUAGAGUUCUCGUUCAAGAACCAUGUCAGGAGGAUGUGGAAUUGCGAGAUGCCACACCUCGUGCUGUGUGGAGUAGAAUCCUGGAACCGCUUGCUGAGUUACGUAGAACAACGCACAGCGUCCAACUAUUUCCUCGUUAUGUAUCCGGAGAAGAUCUUUUUGGACUCACAGAGCCAGCUGUCGUAAGAGUUCUGGAGAGUCUACCUGGAAUUGAAACUCUGACAGACUAUAGAUUUAAAUAUGGACGCAAUCCUUUACUAGAGUUACCGCUUGCUAUAAAUCCAACCGGAAGCGCAAGGACCGAAGCUAGAAUGAGAAAUCAAUUACCCUGGAAAAGGCCGCAUACGCAGCGUACAGGUUCCUCUGCUCGCGCUGCUUUUGUUCCAACAGCUACUGUGGCGGGUGAAGUAGCAUGUCCAUAUUCUAAGCAAUUCGUUCACUCAAAGAGUUCGCAGUACAAGAAAAUGAAACAAGAAUGGCGUAAUAACGUCUAUCUGGCUAGAUCUAAAAUUCAAGGUCUCGGACUGUACGCCGCGCGAGAUUUGGAAAAGCACACGAUGGUCAUCGAAUAUAUAGGAGAAAUCAUCCGUACUGAAUUAGCUGAAACGAGAGAAAAGCAGUAUGAAGCAAGGAAUCGUGGCAUCUAUAUGUUUCGUUUGGAUGAAGAGAGAGUAGUCGAUGCGACCCUGUGCGGUGGAUUGGCUCGUUACAUAAAUCAUUCUUGCAAUCCAAAUUGUGUCGCCGAAAUCGUCGAGGUCGAACGAGACCUAAGAAUCAUUAUCUUUGCGAAGCGCAGAAUCUCACGUGGCGAAGAGCUGGCAUACGAUUAUAAGUUUGACAUAGAAGAUGACCAGCACAAGAUAGCAUGCGCGUGUGGCGCGCCUAACUGCCGCAAAUGGAUGAACUAAAAGAGCUCCCAUCCACUGUUGUUAUUUGUUGCUAUGUUAUUAUUGGGUAGGUUUUACAUGGAAUAUAUAUAUAUACUAUAUACUAUAAUAUAUAUAUAUAUUAGGUCUAAUAUCUAAUCGUACGUAUUAGAUGUAAUAUAUGCAUAUAUUAGACGUACUAUUUAAAAUGUAAAGUGCCAUUGCAGUUUGACUAAUCGAUUCAUAGUGAAGUUGGUGCUACGCCAUCACGACAUUCCUCCAAAGUUGUACAAUAUUAGUUUUACUUUGUCGACCAGAAACAAUGAUCGCUUGUAUAUUACUUGUGACACUCUUAGGAAGAGAAAUUUAAAGUAACACGACGAAACGUACAGAAGGAGAGACGAAACGAUGUAUGUAUACAAAAAGUUUGUUUCUUUGUAUGUUGAGUGGUUGUCGACGCCCGGUUGACAAUAUUGUAAUAUAGAGCGUUUAUUAUUAUUAUUGCAUAUACAUUGCACUGUAUCUGUACAUAGGUAGAAGCCAAUGUUAUUUUGAAACCACCAGAAAAAUUAUGUAAAGUAAGAGUACCUAAUUUAGAAUUAUAUACAAUUAUAACUAUUUGAAUAUACAUCAAUAAAUCAGUAUGAAAUCUUAUAA